AUGGAGGAUUACAAGUCAGAAAAGUAUUUGUUCCUUUCCCUCUACAUCCUGACCUUUCUCAUCGGCCUCCCGGCCAACCUUGUGGCCCUGCGUGCCUUCAUCCGAAGAGUCCGGCAGCCCCACCCUGCCCCGAUCCACAUCCUGCUGCUCAGCCUCACUCUGGCAGAUCUGCUCCUCCUCUUGUUGCUGCCUUUCAAGAUCCUUGAGGCCGCCCAAGACUUCCAUUGGUUUCUGGGCAAGGUGGUGUGUGCUCUCAGCACCUUCGGCUUCUAUAGUAGCAUCUACACCAGCACGUGGCUGCUGGCCGCCAUCAGCAUCGAGCGGUACCUGGGGGUGGCCUUCCCGGUCCAGUACAAGCUCUCCCGGCGGCCCAUAUAUGGACUGGCCGCUGCUGUGGUGGCCUGGAUCCUGUCCUUUGGACACUGCACUGUGGUCAUCGUGGUGGAGUUUCAGGAGUCAAACAAUACAACGAUCAACCAGAGGGACGUGUGCUAUGACAAUUUUACUUCCUACCAGAAGGAUACGGUUCUCUCCUUCCGGCUGGAGCUCUUUCUGGUCCUCUUCUGCCUGCCCAUGGUGGUGACCAUCUUCUGUUACUGGCGCUUUGUGUGCCUCAUGCUUGGCCAACCACAGGUGGGGGUACAGCGACAGCGGAGAGCUGUGGGGCUGGCACUGGUGACUCUCCUCAAUUUCCUGCUCUGCUUCGCACCUUACAAUAUCUCCCAUGUGGUUGGGUAUUUUGAAGGCAACACCCCAAGCUGGCGAAAGUAUGCUGUGAUGUUCAGCGCCUUCAACGCUGGCCUGGAUCCCCUCCUUUUCUACUUCUCUUCCUCUGCUGUUCGCCGGAGCGUUGGACAUGGACUGAAGGCAAUUCGGAACCAAGGGGCCUAUCUUCUGGGCCGCUGCGGUAGAGGAACUGCUGAGGUAGACGCAGGGGACAUGGGUUUGAGCCAUGGGGACGGUGUGGCAAGUUCGGACUUUACCACAGACUAGGUCUCCCAGGCGUUACCUGUACCUGGUGUUUGUAUGAGCUAGGGUUGGAUUGCUAUGGAGAGGUGAGGCACCAAGAAUUCAAUCCUGUCACAGUCUCAGGAAUCCUUCCUUUGUGAUCCAACCAUGGACUCAAAAGUGUGUGUGGGGGGCAGGGACAUGAAGGAGUAUUGCUUUUUGAAGAAAUCUCUCGGCAGCUCUCUUGAACUUCUUGACUGAAUUUCCUUUUGAAGAGAAACAUAAACAUGGCUCUAAGAACACAAAAAAAAAAUGGAAAGGAGUUUAAAUCAAGAAAGGGCCCCCUUCCCAUCCCACCCUCUGCCUUUCUCCCCCUUCCCACAAGUAUGAAUAUACAAGAAAGUUUUGAGAUUUGGAUCAGGUACUUCCUCCUGAUGUGGAUGAGGCUCAUCUCUGGCUUCCAACAGUUUUAGGGAGGUGCCUAAGGCACAAUGAAUCCCCUAGGGUUACACAGCUUUAGGCUGGAUUUUAACUCAGGCCUUUGUGACUCCGAAUCCAGUGCUUUCCCCACAAGGUUAGACUGCUGUAAGGUGUUAAAGGGACCCAAAUUAGUACAUGACUUGGGGCCUGGAGCUGAGCAAGUUUUAGGCACUGGACUCUGAAGAGUGGCAAUGCUGCCACAGGUUUGGGAGUAGGCAGGUAUAGGCAGGGCUAUGAAAGAGCCAAAAGGAAGGAGUUGAAGGACAAAUGCAAGAUGGACCACAGGAAAAGACAGGGGAGAAAGACUCCCUAAAGGAGAAAGAACCACACCAUUACAAACUGAUGUUGCUCUGUUUUCAUAUUGUAUAUUAUUUAGCCACUCCAUAGUAUGUACCUUGUCUUUCCUAUUAAA